GAAAAAAGGCAGACACAACAUACUGAACCUCUGUCACCAUGGGGAACUGGGCUGUCAACGAGGGGCUCUCCAUCUUUGUCAUUCUGGUGUGGCUGGGGAUGAACAUCUUCCUCUUUGUCUGGUACUACAGAGUUUAUGACAAUGGAGAAAAGUACUAUUACACUCGAAAACUUCUUGGGUCGGCUUUGGCCUUGGCCAGGGCCCCUGCAGCCUGCCUGAAUUUCAACUGCAUGCUGAUCCUGCUGCCUGUCUGCAGAAAUCUGCUCUCCUUCCUCAGGGGUUCCAGUGCGUGCUGCUCAACAAGAAUUCGAAGACAACUGGACAGAAACCUCACCUUUCAUAAAAUGGUGGCAUGGAUGAUAGCACUUCACACUGCAAUCCAUACCAUUGCACAUCUGUUCAACGUGGAGUGGUGUGUGAAUGCCCGAGUCAAUAACUCUGACCCUUAUUCAAUAGCACUCUCUGAAAUUGGAGACAAAGAGGGUGAAAAUUAUCUCAAUUUUGCUCGAGAAAAAAUUAAGAACCCUGAAGGAGGCCUGUAUGUGGCUGUGACUCGCUUGGCAGGCAUCACUGGAAUUGUCAUAACACUGUGUCUUAUCUUAAUUAUCACCUCCUCUACCAAAACCAUCCGGAGAUCUUACUUUGAAGUGUUUUGGUACACACACCAUCUCUUUGUGAUCUUCUUCAUUGGUCUUGCCAUCCACGGAGCUGAACGGAUUGUACGUGGAGAGACUGACAAGAGUUUGAAUUACACUGGGAAAAAUUCAUGUAAAGACAAUUUCACACAGUGGGGAAAACCAGGCUGCCCAGUUCCGGACUUCGCUGGGAAUCCUCCUAUGACUUGGAAAUGGAUAGUGGGUCCCAUGUUCCUGUAUCUCUGUGAGCGGUUGGUCCGGUUUUGGCGAUCUCAGCAGAAGGUUGUCAUCACCAAGGUGGUCACUCACCCUUUCAAAACCAUCGAGCUACAGAUGAAGAAGAAGGGAUUCAAGAUGGAGGUGGGCCAGUACAUUUUUGUCAAGUGCCCCAAGGUGUCCAAGCUGGAGUGGCACCCUUUCACACUGACCUCUGCCCCUGAGGAAGACUUCUUUAGCAUCCACAUCCGCAUCGUUGGGGACUGGACAGAGGGACUAUUCAAUGCUUGUGGCUGUGAUAAGCAGGAGUUUCAAGAUGCCUGGAAACUACCUAAGAUAGCCGUUGAUGGACCCUUCGGUACAGCCAGUGAAGACGUGUUCAGCUAUGAGGUGGUGAUGUUGGUGGGAGCAGGGAUUGGGGUCACGCCCUUCGCAUCCAUUCUCAAGUCGGUCUGGUACAAAUACUGCAAUAAUGCCACCAAUCUGAGGCUCAAAAAGAUCUACUUCUACUGGUUGUGCCGGGAUACGCAUGCUUUUGAGUGGUUUGCAGACCUGCUGCAGCUGCUGGAGUCCCAGAUGCAGGAGAGGAACAAUGCUGAUUUCCUCAGUUACAACAUCUACCUCACUGGCUGGGAUGAGUCUCAGGCCAAUCACUUUGCUGUGCACCAUGAUGAGGAGAAAGAUGUGAUUACAGGCUUGAAGCAAAAGACUUUGUAUGGACGGCCCAACUGGGAUAAUGAGUUCAAGACAAUUGCGAGUCAACAUCCUAAUACCAGAAUAGGCGUGUUCCUCUGUGGUCCUGAAGCCUUGGCUAAAACCCUCAACAAACAGUGCAUCUCCAACUCUGACUCUGGCCCUCGGGGAGUGCAUUUCAUUUUCAACAAGGAAAACUUCUAACUCUUCCAUGAGGAAAAAAAUAUAGGUUAUUCUGGAUCAAA